GCCUAAUGUAAGCUAGAAGAAACGACUGGACCAGACCAUAUUUUACUUGCGGUGUAAAAGGGAAUAGAGGUAACUCCCCAGAUAAAUAUAAAAGCGAGAUGGAGACUCGUUUUGGCAAAAAGACACGCGAUGGGGGGGUACAGGACUCUGUCGAAGAAGUGCAAGAGGUUGUGAAGGAGGCUUUCGUGGACAAGCCACAAGAUUUAGAACUUGCCUCCGUUGGUCGAAAGCCAAAGAAGCAAAUGAAAUAUUCCCCAAGGAAAUUGUGGUCACCAACGGGGGCAGUGGAGUUGACCAAACUGAAACAACAAGCAAAGAUGGAUAGACAGAAGAUUGAUCACCUUGAGGACCGCAUUAAAUACCUGGAGGAGGCCAACAGGGAGCUGAAAAAGGACAAAGACUUCCUUCUUACACAAAUUAAGGAAGCCACUGUGGCACCUGCAUCUAGCAGCAAGUCAGGCUCUAGAGAGAUUGCUCAGGUUCCUCUAUCUUCAACAUCUACUACCCCCUCCUCUUCUUCCACAGACUUAAGCUCCUCAUCAUCUUCAGAGGAAGAGGAAAAAAAGAAGAAGAAAAAGAAGACCAAAAAGUCCAAGAAACACUCUGAUUCGUACAGCCGUUCAAGAAUGACCACAGUGGAUGGAGUUAUCAACCGCUAUGAGAGUGCCCUGAAGAGAUUCACUAAGUUUGGAUCUAUGAAAAAGGCCUUCAACAAGAUUAAAGUUGACCGCAACACCAUUGCGAGGACAGCUGUUAUUGCUGAGCUUGCAAUAACCUUUCCUGACACCUUCAAGGAGCUGCUCCCAGGAAACCACAAUAAUGAGAAGAUCUCCCAGUUUGCAGAGCGUUGUAGGAAUGCUAUAACAAAAGAGAUGGCUGAAACCAUCACAGCAAAAAAAAGAAGUGGAAAACUCCUCCCAAUAAUGUACAAGUACACUUAGACUAUUACUUUUAAACAACUUGUUUUUUUUUUGUUUUUUGUUUUGUUGAGUUGUGUGUUUAGUUUUUUUUAUUUGUAUUUCAGAAGUAAAAUCUGCUGAACAAGAAGUUGCACCCUCUGU